CAUGUGAGGCACUUUUAAAGGAAAGAAAGUUACCACAUUGUUGUUAUUCCAUGUGGGCUAUUCACGUGCUACUUACAAAAUAAGCAAAGAACCUUUUCAGUGACUUUUUGUCCUCAUGCAAGUAAACGUUUAGCAGUAUGCAAUAUUGCAUCACCAUAUUACUCUGGCUUCUCCAUAUUGAUCAAUUCCUUAAUUGUGUUAUUUGAGCGAUACUCUGUAUUUUAUUAAUGACAAAGAGCACAUAAUGACAAUUACUGAUGCACAAACAAAGACUCAUCUUGAAAUGAAUUCAGGCUCCUCAUCAAGUAUUGUGGCCUGUUUGUUGGUUCUCAACAUUUUGGAUGCAAAUUAAAGUCUCCUUUGGCUUCAUGCCCACUUCACUACUCUGUUUCUAUCAGCCAUAGAUUUGGCGCAGAAGACCUCAACACAUCAGAUUGCACACAAUUCUUAGUCACCGGUGCAGGUCAUCAGCUUGAAGUACCUGUAUAUUUUGCCUCUGAUACAACUUUCAUUGUACAUUGUACAUGCACCAGUAGUUGGCGUUACCAAUGAACUUCACAUAUUCUGAUGGAGUAUUCUAUGGAUUUGACACCAUAAGGUUUUUCUUCAAAUCUUCAAGAAGCAUUUUCUUCAAAUGAACAUUAAUUUCUGGCGCAAGUACAUGUCCAUAGUAACAUGAAUAUUUCUUGAGAGCAACCAACCUCACCUUUGGAUCAGGCUUUCAAAAAAAGUACUUAAACAAUAGGUACAUAUAAUGCCGCAACUCUGCUUCUGCUAAAGGAAAUCUGCCAACUCGUCAAGUAACAAUGGAAACCACACCAAGUGCAGCUGAAAUAAACACAUCCCUCAACUCAACCACAGAGGAAUCUGAGUUUGGAACUGCAUCAACACCAUUUGAAAUUUUUGUCAAGACUUUGAUGGUCCUCGCCAUCUUUCCAAACCUCCUGCUGAAUCCACUGAUGCUUUUCACUUUGCGUCGCGUCACCAGCAUCCAGCCAACAACCAAAAUAUUCAUGGCUUCUCUCACCCUGUCUGAUCUGUGCAACAGCUUUUGGUGGAUCCUUAACUUAAUAGCAGUGUUUGCUGGAACUUGGUUCAUGGGUGAGUUUUUGUGUGCAGCAAAUCUGGUGAUGAUAUUGCUCUUUAAUGCACUUAGUAUUGGUGCACUUCUUCUUCUCACUGUGGAUCGUUACAUUGCUAUUUCCCGUCCUCUGCGGUACCCCUCAAUAAUGACUGUGUUAAAAUCAAAGAUAAUUGUAUGUAGCGCAUGGGCUACAAUCAUCGUAUCCGCCAUUAUCAUAUAUGGGAUUGAUAAUACUACUAUUUUGGUUAUUGUUCAUAACAAGAAAAUGUGUGUAGCAAAGACAUAUGACUGGAGAGCAUAUCUGAUUCUUGUAUUGUUGGGGCUUCAGCUACUGACCAUAUUCACCCUGUAUGGACGCAUCGCCCUCAUAGCUCGCAAUCAAGCCCGACGCAUUGCUGCUGAAAACCAAGCAGGCAAUGGUCAAGGUGGGCAGAGAAUAAACACCAGAUCAACCACCACCAUCAUCAUCAUAACAGGGACUGUAAUCAUCACCUGGAUUCCUACACUGAUAAGGUUUGCAAUGGCUUCACAAAACCAAUGGGAGCCUUAUGACGGUUUCUUGGCCUAUAUGUUCACACAAGCUCUGUUGUUAUCUAAUGGCUGGAUGAAUGUUGUUAUUUACUACCUGAGGAACAGGGAUCUUCGCCAGUCACUGUGUGGCAUGCUUUCUGACUGGCGCAAAAGCCUGUCCCAAAGACUCUGGGGUUAGGUUUAAGCAACGCCUUUAAAACUUCAAUGAGAAAGUAACAGGCUUUGGCAAGGAUUGUUCCCAGGUAAGUCAUCUGCAUCUUCAGAGACUGAGUGGGAGAAUACACUGGCAGAAUGUCUUAUGUGACUAGAUAAGCCACGCA